UUAUAGGAUUUUCCAUUUGAUGCCUUAAAAGUGACAAGAUUUUAUACUGAAGACUUUUGGAACUAUGGAAUUUGCAUUGGCUCAUCCCGCUCUCAAAGCCUUCAUGUGUGGCUCUCUUAGUGGCACGUGCUCCACACUUCUGUUCCAGCCCCUGGACCUGUUGAAGACCCGCCUGCAGACCUUACAGACUGGUGUGCAACCAGGCGCAUCCAGAGUUGGCAUGGUGACGGUGUUUUUAAAUGUUGUCCGCACAGAAAAGCUCCUUGGACUAUGGAAAGGGAUUUCCCCAUCAUUCGUGCGGACCAUCCCAGGUGUGGGCAUUUACUUCAGUACAUAUUUCACCUUGAAGCAGCAUUUUGUCCAGGAGAAGAGCCCUGGGGCCAUGGAGGCGAUGCUGCUGGGAGGAGGGGCUCGCACUGUGGCUGGGGUCAUCAUGUUGCCUGUUACCGUCAUCAAGACACGAUUCGAAUGUGGCAGGUACAGCUAUGGCAGUGUAGCAGGUGCCCUCCAAAGUGUGUGUCGGACAGAGGGUCCAGGGGCUCUCUUCUCUGGACUAUGGGCCACACUCCUCAGAGAUGUCCCCUUCUCAGGGAUCUACGUCAUGUUCUACAGCCAGACCAGGGCUGCAUUGCCCACAGAAAUCAGUAUGUCUGUCUCCGCCCCUCUGGCUAACUUCAGCUGUGGUGUUCUGGCUGGUGUGUUGGCCUCUCUGAUCACUCAGCCUGCAGAUGUGGUCAAAACACAUGUGCAAGUCAACCCACAGCUCCGGACACUGCAGGCCAUCACUUACAUUUAUAUGGAACAUGGUUUGCAGGGCUUCUUCCGAGGUGCAGUGCCGAGGUUACUCAGGAGGACUAUGAUGGCGGCCAUGGCCUGGACUGUCUAUGAGCAAAUGAUGACACGUGUUGGACUUAAAUCCUGAGGAUGAGCUGUCAAGAAAUCACAGCAGAAGUCAAGUCACUGAAAGAAAUCUGACCAAACAUGAUGAUCAAUACCAUGAACUGCACUGUACUGUUACAGGGAGUGAGGCCUUUCGGAUCAAGAGUAAAGUUUUAGAAUUGUCUCUAAACGUUUAUGAACAGCUUGCCGUGACUCAAACAUAUUUUGUAACUUAUGAAAACUGCCCAAUGCUAUUCUACUUAUUUAAGUUGUCUGGCCUGCAGACAUGUGGGUACAUUCAGCAUAUAUUAGGCCUACCUGUUGGGUCAAUAGUGGGAACUUGCGUGAAAUUGCCUUUUGGUCAAAAUUCAUUGUAAAUGACUUCCAUGGAUAUGAACCACAUUUCACAUUGCAUUUUAACUCAUGUAUUAUCCCUUUU